CACUUAUUCACCCCAUCACCUCUAUGUCCGCUCCCGCUCCCCCCGCUUACUUCGCCGCUGAGCUCGCGGCCGCGCUGGCUGCCCCUCGGCCCCCGCCCGCCGCGGAAGCCAAGCAGUGGGAGCACAUCAUCGUCGGCGCGCGCCUCGAGAACCGUCUCGUAACUGAACUUCGCAGCGCUUCCCCGCCGCACAACCUGCUGCCGUAUGCGGGCGGCUCGCUCGACCCGGUGGCGGGCAUUCCCGACGAAGACGACGACGACGACGCGGGCCGCAUCGCGACGCUCGUGCGCGCUGCACCCUUCGUCACCACAAUCGACCUGCUCGCCGAUGCGCCGGACACACACCUCCUCCUGUCCCUGUCCCCGCGCGUCGUCCGCCGCACCCUGCCCGUCUACUGCCCGUGGUUCCCCGGCGUGCUCGUCGAGUUCGCGGACCUCGCAACCCUCGCGCCCCUCGCGCCGCUCCUCUCGCGCCCUAUGGCGCCCGAGUGCACACGCCACAUCGUGCACGUCAGCGACCUGCUCACCGGCACCGAGACCAGCCAAGACGGCGGCGAGGGGGGGUGCGACAGUGUGAAUCUUGACGGACUACGUGCGCUAGGCCUCCUCUGCCUCAUUCCCUGUGACUCCCUCGACCUCGUGCUGCACGGGCGGCGCGUGGCGUCCGAAGACGAGUGGGCGCUGUGGAUGGGCCUUUUCGUGCGCCUGCUCACGCCCCUCGCCAACCUCUUAGGUGAAGGGACGGAGAUCUCCGUUGUUGGCCUCGAGCGCCUCUUCCCGUCCCGCACAGUACAUUUGAUGACGGAGGGCGACGAGGAGGCGGAGACGCAGCACGGUGUUUUGGGCGACGAGGUGCGGCGCCGCGCGGCGGGACAUGGCAUUGCAAUUUCAAGCGACGCGUGGGCGCGCCUCCGAUACAUCAGCGCCGACGAGUGGCUAGAGGAGACGGGGAUUGACGACGAUGAGGCGGAGCUCUGGCUCGCCCGCCCACAGUACGUACAGCCGCUUGCGGCAGAGCUAUGCGCCAAAAGCCUGGAAUAUCUGGCGCAGGAGGAUGCGCUGGCGCCAGCAACGUCCGCAACUAGUUGAUGAUGCAUAUACAAAUACACAGGGCGGUUGGACGCCGACAUUAAUUCCCUUAUACAGUCUUUCCCAUCUAAUAUAUUCUGUGACGAGCCCAUUACGUCCAGAAGAACGCGAGCGGGUGAGGCUUGGGAACGUGGUGCCCCUCGCGGCGUAGACGCUUGCGCUCCUCGAAGCGCAGGCCCCACGCGAUGGCAAUGAAGCCGAACGUGCACACAGCCAUGGACACCAGGUAGAACUUGGCACCGACGGCCCAAUUCGGCGCCUGCUUCGCUGGGUACGUCCACAGCGUGAUGAACCCGUUGUUGAGAUAUGCCAUGAUUGUGCCCGUGGCGAUGGUGAUCGUCCGCACG